UGUUGUUUAACAUGCGCGCAACAAGGACAGCAGCCGUGACAACAUGAGCAUACACACGUUUAGAUGUUAGACAUACACCGGCGAUGUCUCACACCUGUCCGUCACGUUAUAAAGUGUAGUUUGAGUUAGAGUUGUGUUAAGCCGACUAAGCUAACUAGCGGCUAACGUUAGUUUUUAGGGGACUUGCUAGCUUCCCUGGAGUAACCUCUGUUACUGUCAGCUGCAGUGCUGAGGUGACUGUGAAGUGGAGAGCGACCAAAUAAGGCAAAUAAGCUGCAGCCAUGGUGUUUAUCCAGAGCUACUGCGAAGCCAACUCCUCCAUCUCCCACACCUGGGUAGAUGAAGGCAUCUCCCCCUGCUUCUACUUCACACUCGUUCCCUCCAUCCUACUCACCAUCGCCUUCUUCCUCGGCACCAUCCACUGCAUAUUCUACCAAAAGUAUGGCACAGCAAUGGAACCCAAGUUCAUCCCACGCUCCCGCCUCUACGGCUUCCAGCAAGUCGUCUCCUUCCUCCUCCUGGUCCAGUUUCUAGGUGGGAUGGUGUGGCGGGCUGCCAGCGGAGGAGAGCUCCCAGGCUAUGUGGUGCUGUACGGCUGCUUCUCUGCACUGGGCUGGGUUUGGGCUAUAGCCCUGCUCAGGGUGGAGAGACGUAGGGUCCUACUGAUGGACCGGACAAGGGGACACAGUGCAGCGCUGCUGUUGUUCUGGGCAGUGGCUUUUUCGGCUGAGAAUUUGGCCUUCGUCUCCUGGUACAGUCCUCACUGGUGGUGGGGGCUGGAGAACAAUCAGCAACAGGUGCAGUUUGGGUUGUGGCUGAUGCGCUACAUCGGCACUGGGCUGCUCUUCUUCAUUGGUCUCAAAGCUCCUGGGUUGCCACGGAGACCAUACAUGCUCCUCAUAAAUGAAGAUGAGCGGGAUGUCGAGAACAGUGGACAGAGCCUUUUGGGCAGAACAGAAGAGAAUCAGUCUACCUGGCAGGGUUUCAGGAAGAAAGUCCGCAUCCUUGUUCCCUACAUGUGGCCUCGGGGCAACAUCCUCCUCCAGCUGCUGGUUCUUUUCUGUUUGACGCUGCUAGGAGUAGAGAGAGCUAUUAAUGUCUUUGUACCCAUUUACUACAAAAAUAUCGUGAAUGAACUGACUGACCACAGCAGCUGGAACACUCUGGCUACUACAGUGUGUAUUUAUGUCCUGCUCAAGUUCAUGCAGGGCGGCGGGGCAGGUGCCUCAGGUUUUGUCAGCAACCUGCGCUCUUUCUUGUGGAUCAAAGUGCAGCAGUUCACAAACCGUGUGGUUCAAGUGCGUCUGUUCGCCCACUUGCACUCACUCUCUUUGCGCUGGCACCUGGGCCGCAAAACCGGCGAUGUGCUGAGAAGCAUCGAUCGCGGUACCUCCUCCAUUAACAGCCUGCUCAGUUACAUAGUGUUCAGCAUCUUCCCAACCAUCGCUGAUAUCGUCAUCUCCAUCAUCUACUUUGUCACUUAUUUCAAUGCCUGGUUUGGCCUCAUUAUCUUCGUCUGCAUGGCCCUGUACCUCACUCUGACCAUCAUCAUCACUGAAUGGAGAACUAAGUACAGACGAGACAUGAAUCUGCAGGAUAACAACGCCAAGUCCAAAGCUGUGGACUCCUUGUUGAACUUUGAGACGGUGAAAUACUACAACGCAGAGAACUAUGAAGUCGGCCGUUUUGAGGAUGCCAUCUUAAAAUAUCAGGUGUCGGAGUGGAAAACCCAGGCGUCCCUGGCUUUCCUCAACCAAACACAGAACGUAAUCAUCGGAUCAGGCCUGCUGGCCGGCUCCCUGCUCUGCGCCUACUUUGUGACUGAAGGAAAGUUUCAGGUUGGAGAUUUUGUUCUCUUUGGUACCUACAUCAUCCAGUUGUACACCCCCCUCAACUGGUUUGGGACCUACUACAGAAUGAUCCAGAAUUCUUUCAUUGACAUGGAGAGCAUGUUCAAACUUUUUGAAGAGGAGGAAGAGGUGAAAGAUGAAGUAAAUGCAGGGAGUCUGCUCUACAGGCAGGGAAAAGUGGAGUUUGAGAAUGUCUACUUCAGCUACACAAAUGGCAAGGAGAUUCUCAGGGAUGUUUCUUUCACUGUCCUUCCGGGACAGACAGUUGCUCUGGUGGGACCAUCAGGCUCCGGGAAGAGCACCAUCAUUCGACUCCUCUUCCGUUUCUAUGACGUUCAGGGAGGAUGCAUCAGCAUCGAUGGGCAGGAUAUAUCAAAAGUGAAGCAGACGUCUCUGCGAGCUCAUAUCGGAGUGGUUCCCCAGGAUACCGUGCUCUUUAACGACACCAUCAGGGAUAAUAUCCGCUACGGCCGCAUCUCUGCCACUGACCAGGAGGUGGAAGAGGCUGCUUUAGCUGCUGAUAUACAUGAUAAAAUCAUGACCUUCCCUGAAGGUUAUGACACUCAGGUGGGUGAAAGAGGCCUGAAGCUGAGUGGAGGGGAGAAGCAGAGGGUGGCUAUUGCCAGAACUAUCCUCAAAGCACCACAGAUCAUCCUGCUUGAUGAGGCUACAUCUGCACUGGACACACAGACAGAACGCAACAUCCAGGCUUCAUUAGCUAAAGUCUGCGCCAACCGCACAACAGUUGUUGUGGCUCACAGGUUGUCCACUAUCAUCGGAGCAGACCAGAUUCUGGUCAUCAGCGAUGGCCGGAUUGCUGAGCGAGGACGACAUGAGGAGCUGCUGGACAAGGGAGGCCUGUACGCAGACAUGUGGAUGAAGCAGCAGCAGGCCCAGGAGUCCGACUCCUCGUCAGACACGGAAGCCAAAGACCGCAAGUCAGAGAAACUGCAGCCACCAUCAACGUCUUCAGAACACUGAAAGUAUUUUUUGUUGUUGUUUUGUUUUAAUGGAAACUCUACAUGUUUUUCAGUAUUGUCAAACUGAAUGUGCAAUGGCAGGUCAGGGAGCAAAGGGAAGGUGCCUUAAACGGAGGAGGUGACGUACCAAAAUACAUAUGUUUUAUGCCCCAUUGAAUAACUUGUAAUUAUGGCCAAUGAUUUUAUGUAGGAACGGGUCAAAAUGAUCAAAUUAUUACUAAGUCAUAAAAGCAGACAUGAAUAUUAAUUCAUUUUAAACCCUUUAUAAUGAAAUUUGAGAAUGGAACAUAGUGCAGUUGUCACAUGCCUUCAUUCGGAUGACGCCCUGAGUAUUUUAGCGCCUGAACUUGUUUUGAGAAUAUUAGUUUUGUAAGCACUCUUGCCACCUUUUUAACAUUGUCUUUAUUUUUUUAUAUUAAACAUUGACUUUUAGUGCUGUCUGCUGAAAACAAAACAAGCAUUUUCUGAAUAAUCGAAAAACAAUUAUUUAAAGGCAAGUUGUAAGAAAUAUGGGAAUUUAAAAAACACUCUAGAGUCAACACUGCAUCUUGUGAAAUUGAGGGGCUACUCGCUCUGUUGUCCACUACAUAGUAUCAUAUGAAUGACAAUAGCUCGGUAUAAAAGCUGUCAGGGAUUUUAUUAGGCUUUAUUUUAGUUUUUAUAUUUUUUGUAGUCUGUUCAUGAGCUCUGCUGUUAUUUAAAGUGUUCUUUCUAAAUGUGUAAACCUCUGCAUAUUUUAUAUUAUGAAGGUUAAGCGGGGUGUGCUGCUUGUUUAAUGACUGUUUCCUCUAAAUUGUUGUAAAAGCUUAAUGAAUACACAAAAAGUUUUUUUUGUUUUUUUUUCAAUUUACAUAUAAAGCGGUACAAUCCAUGUCUGCCUGUAGUUGUAAGAUAGAUGUAAUGGAGUCAAGUGAUCAGUUAGAUCUGCUUUUACUGCAUCAUAAAGUCAAACUAUGAACCUUACAGAUAGAAAAGAUAUACCAUCAAAUGAAAUACCCAUUGCAAUUAUAAUACCCACCAUUAGUCUCAUGUAAUGUAAUAUAUAAUUGGCUAUAUACUCAAUUUUUGAAUAAGAAUUUGAAAUUGUGACGUUUUAUAUCUACCUCACAAAAGGUAUUGUUCAUGAUUAUUAAAUUUUGUAAAUAUUUUGUUUUGUCUUGUACUUGCAUAAAAUAAAAGUGAUGGGUUUUUUUUUUAAUUUUCAUGUUUUCCAGUCUAACACUAUCACCAGUUCCAGUUCAGUUUUAGUAAAAAAUCAUGUGAGGGACUGUUUGGUAUGUCA